UUCGAAAGAAAUUGUGUGCGCCGAAGCUGUCACUGGCUGACUGUGAAAGCACGACCAGUGGGUGGCAUCAAGCACAGAGCCUCCCCUAGCGUCUCACGAACUUCAGUCAUUUGGCAUCAAACUUGCGACUACAUCUGAUAUAUAUUUCUACUGUGCUGCCAGUACCCCUUCUUUCACUCAGGCACCGUUUCAACAUUCGUUUCAGCUACGGAGGUUACUUGCUUUGACCGGGCACGUGUCGGCCUACACUAUCACAUGCAGAUUGAGCGACCAUAUACCAGCACACGACCACUUGCUGCGUGACAACAAUAGACUGCUUCAAACCGACUCCAUCAGCUAGCCGCCCACAGCCGAGUCCGCGCGAUCACAAGAUCCGGCUAGACAUACAGGUUUCCAUAUCGCGCCGGGCUAGACUCUUUCUGUAAGUACAGAUCGACCAACUUGAACAAGGACCACAAUCAAGCUUACUGGUCGCAGCCUACCAUGGCCAAACCGGGCAAAUGCGAACAUGCAUUCAAGAUCAUAAAGUCUGAUACGACAUUGAUUUUGUGGAAUUGCAACAUGUGCCAUUCGGGACCACACUGGUACAUCUACGAAUGCGCCAGAUGCAAACUGAAGACUUGCAAGCCAUGCUCCGAGAAAGCGCGGGCAUAGGUGAGUUCCAUGCUCCAGAACGGAAGUGACGAACCUGUCAAAUGCUUACACGGUGAAGCCUGUAACUCAAGUUAUGCAAUCCUAACUCUCAGAUACUUCGAGGCUUACCUAAUGCCAUUAUAUCGAUCAUUAAGGUUACUGUGUAGCGUUUAGUCAGCGAGGAGUUUGAGCGAGCGUGACUUCGGUGUAGCAAUGGCGGCGC